AUGGGCCUACCGAGACCGCAGGAACCGCGACCAUCGCUCCAUGGCUCAUGGUCCGACAGCUCGACCGCACCGCGGCGACCUGCUACGUACUAUGGGCCAUCCCAAGUGGAUAACAGGUCGCAGUACCCAAGUCUGCCCGGAGUCAAGGACAUUCUUACGGAUACAUCUGCUCAACCAGGGCCUCCUCCUGCCGCGUGGGGCUCGCAUGGUCAGACCAGUGCACAUAUCCCCAAUGGAGACACGUUCUACCAAGAGCGGAGCUUGCAUCCUCCCAUGGCGCUGCACCCGCCUCAUAUCCAGACUGGCCAUUCUCCCGGACAGCAGUCGCGCCCUUUUGAAGUCCCUGUCUUGGACACGACCCGAGUCAAUAAGCAUGCUCCUCAUGCGGUCCCGAUCUCGCCAUACUCGCGUUUCCCAGACUCCGCUCGAGAUUAUCCUGAGACCCAUCCUGAAGCUAUGCAGCAGCGUUUUAACAGUAUGCACGUGAGCAACGGGACUCACGUACCGAGUGCAGCGUCUGUCGUUCCAGGCGACGCACAAUGCCCGAGCCCAGCGGCUGGUUUCGAUCGUCCGUCGAGGUCUCCGAACGCUGGACAGCCUAGUGAGAACCAGAGAAAGUACUUGGGCACCCAUGAGAUUCCUGGCGAUGGCGCGUACCAUCUAUAUGAAGGAAACUAUCGCAUACCUGCGUACGUCGACGGCGAGCCAGUCAAUCCCGCGUGGGGGCUAACCAAGGCUUUGAAACCACGGAAACGGCUGGCCUUAGCCUGUAUGGAUUGUCGCGAGAAGAAGAUCAAGUGUGAGCCGGGUGCGCACAGCUGCGUGCAGUGCGAGAAGGCAAAGCGCCCAUGUCGAAGAUCAACCGCGCAAGGCCCACAGAGCACCGCAUCUCCCAGCUCUUGGCAAGAUAAUGCUCCUUCUCCUCCUCGCAACAACCCGUCGACUUCUGCGCCCACGCCGGCCUUAGAGCAGAUCAUUUCGCAGGAUGCUUGGAACAAGCGGCGCGAUCGAGCGGACCCCUCGCCUCCCAACGGUCCGAGUAAGAAGCAGAGAUCAACCUCGCCUGUGUCACAACCGCACGAAAUACCUCAGACGACGAAAGUCGACACACCAGGUUUCCCGAUCGCUCCAGUCACCCAGGCUGGUGGAAGAGGGCUCAUGAAUUGGGAUGAAGACCCGUACAGUAUUGACCCAGAGCUCACCAUGCAUAUGCUUGAUCUCUACUUUGAGCACAUGAAUAGCGCUCUCUACUGGCUGUACCCUCGCGACCACUUCUUGCACUGGACGCGAACUUGCAGCGAUAAGUGUCAGAAUGAACGGAUGGUGCUCUAUGCCAUGCUUGCUGCCGCAUCGGUCUUCGCUCCCCACAGCUUAUCAGGUUUCGGCAAGGAAUGCGCAACAAUCGCUGGAGAUGCCAUCUCCAGCCAGUUAGGAAAGUUCAACGUCGCGGUGGCCCACACGAAGAUGAUGUUGGCGCUUUACCAUUUUGCCAAAGGAUCGGUCGGCAUACCAUGGGACCACGUUGGAUCUGCUGUCAGGACUAUCACCUUCGUACAGCUGCACACCGAGCAAGGCUGUUACGAUGAUUCCACAUCAGCGGCACAGCCCAGAAUUGAAUUUGCUUUCUCCACGGAGCAGCUUGCCGAAUGCAAGAGACGAACUUUCUGGUCUUGCUUCCUGAUGGACAGGCUGGCUGGCCCUACAGUGUGCAUGAUCAAACCGCAGGACAUCUUUCUGCGGCUCCCGUGCUCAGAGGAUGACUACGAUCAAAGCAUUCGUUCCAACGCUCCCUACUAUCCGAACGAGAACAUCGACCCGUCUUUGGCAGACCUUACACCCUCAAGCUCGCUGUCGCCAAUGGCAUGGCUGGUGCUGGUAGCUAGUGUUUUGGGAGACAUCAUCGACUCCACCUUCUGCGCGCCCCAUCGGCCGGCUGCUACCUACCGCGAGGCAUACCAGAAGUUCUACUCCGAUGCAAGGUAUCGCCUCCAAGCCUGGUCUUCACAGCUACCGCAUUACCUUACCUACAGCGAAGCCAACCUCAACGGAAGCAUACAACGUGGCUACUUUCAUGCUUUCGUCUGCAUGCAUACGCUGUACCACACAGCGCACAUGAAGCUCAACCAGUGCUUGCGCCACGCACAGAUGCCCGAAGUUAUCACGCGCAAUAUUCGGGAGGCGCAUUUCCACGCACAAGAGCAGCUGCGCAUGAUGACAGCAGUCCUUGGAGCAAGGCGUCCUACUCAGAUCGAUGGCCGAUCCACAGAGUGCAUGCUUUCGAUCCCCUUCGCGGGAUAUGGCACCUUGGUCGCCAUCGACAUCAUCGGUGCCGGCGGACCGGAAUCGAAUCUCCCGCCUACGCUUGCGCUGAUCGAGGGUGGCCUGAGGUGCCUGCAGGAGCUUUCGAUUUUCUGGAACAGCGCCAAGGACCAGUUCAAAGCCUGCGAGAGACGGUAUUGGCAGAUCAAGAAGGUGGUCGUCAGCGGACAGAAGUACGACAUUGGCGCAUGGCUGGGGAGGAGGUGGGGUAUCGAACUCCCCAUGGACCGUGAUCUUCCCAGAGACCACGAUGUAAUUUACGGACUUGGAGAGUCCACGGAAGCGAUAAAACUGUAUUUCGAUGCUUUUAGGGAGGAUUGA